UUUGUUCUGUGGGGAACUCGGUGCAGAUCAAUGAACGGAGCUAAACAAACGGGUUGGGCAACCGAAGUUGAGCACGGUCGCGGGAUAUAUGGUCACGGCGGAUAACAGUCUCGCCUCUCGGCUGAAGAAAUAAGUAAAAGUCAAAUUCAGUAGUAGUUUCGACAAGCUUUCUAUGUUUCAUAGAAUUAAAUGUGCAACUUUAGUACCGUUUUGAUCUCUUGGAUUCUAACACAAGCAGCGAACAACAAUUGACAGCGAAUCAUCUUUGCAUCGGGAAAUUUGAUAUUUCGAUGAUGAUUUUUGCGAAUUCUGGCAACCCAUUAAGAACUACAUAUCGUAAACAGCCCCCUGUUGGCCCCUCGUCCCAGCCCAUGGCCCCGCCCAGUCCCGGAACCAACAGCAGCACCAAUCAGAGCAGCAGUAGCAGCAGCACGGCAGGCUGGGAGCAGCUCAGCAAAACCAACCUGUACAUCCGGGGGCUGCCCCCAGCAACCACAGACCAUGACCUGGUCAAGCUCUGCCAGCCUUAUGGCAAAAUUGUGUCAACGAAAGCUAUCCUGGAUAAGACUACAAACAAAUGCAAAGGUUACGGCUUUGUGGACUUUGACAGCCCUGCUGCAGCACAGAAAGCCGUCAAUGCCCUAAAAACCAGCGGCGUGCAGGCCCAGAUGGCGAAGCAACAGGAGCAGGACCCCACCAACCUGUACAUCUCCAACCUGCCGCUGUCCAUGGAUGAGCAGGAGCUGGAAGCUAUGCUGAAGCCCUUCGGCCAGGUCGUGUCCACGCGGAUCCUGCGAGACGCCAGCGGGGCCAGCCGGGGGGUCGGCUUCGCCAGGAUGGAGUCAACAGAGAAAUGUGAUGCUGUUAUUUCUCACUUCAAUGGAAAGUUUCUCAAGAUGCCUACAGGAGUAAUGGCCCCCACUGAGCCUCUGCUGUGCAAGUUUGCAGAUGGAGGGCAGAAAAAGCGACAGAGCCAAAAUAAAUACGUGUCGAAUGGACGAGCGUGGGCCAGAGAGGGAGAGGCCAGGCUUACUGGAAUGACGCUCACGUAUGACCCCACUGCUGCGGCUAUGCAGAAUGGGUUUUAUCCCAGCCCAUACAGCAUCACUAACCGAAUGAUCGCGCAGACAGCCAUGUCGCCCUACAUCUCUCCAGUGUCCACAUACCCGGUGCAGAAUCCAUCCUGGGUCACCCACCAGCCAUAUAUUAUACAGCAUCCAGGAGCUGUAAUAUCGCCCUCUAUGGAUCCCUCCAUGUCAUUGCAGCCAGCGUCCAUGAUGAGUCCCCUCACACAGCAGAUGAGUCACCUCUCUCUAGGCAGUACAGGAACGUUCAUGCCAGCUAAUCCCGCCAUGCAGGGUGCCUACAUCCCUCAGUACACGCCCUUGCAGCCUGCUGCAGUGGAGGAUAACAGCCCACAGCCUCAGGUGGAGUCCACCAGUGAUCAUUCCCCCUACAGCUACCAACCCGCCAAGUGAUGAAGGGGUUCCUCAGCGCUCAGGACAGUGAGAGAGGCAACUACAUCAACAAUCAUGCUUCCUCUGGACUACGUAGAUGGACUACGCUCGGUUGUUUGAUCGAUGUUUGCACAGUUUCUGCGAUGAGCUCCCUCUGUUUUUAAUACAGCUAUCCCAGACUAUUUUGGUAUAAGUUCUAUGAGGUGCAAAUAAAAGAUUAAUCAAAGAAUGCUAGCUAUCUACGAAGAAAAUUUAAAAAAACAAAGAAAAAAUGUUUUAUUUUAAUAAAAAGAAGGUUUAUUUUUACCAAGGAAUCAUCACAUGGGUGCAAAACCUUAAAUGAUCACGUGACUUCACGUCCAUGGUAGCAGAGGUGUCCAUUGUGGAAUUUUUUUAUGAUUUUGAGAUUUUUGUGUGGUUUUUCUCUCUUUUUUUUUGUACUGAACUAGCUUUGCUGUUUGAAGAGAUUUAUUGGCUGGACAUUCUGAGAAAAAAAAAGUUUUGGUUUGUUUAAUUUUGUUGGGGUUUUUUUGUGCUUGCAGUGUGAGUGUUGCUAUGGUGAAGUGUUACAUGUUUCCUCUUGUACAGUGUGUGUUGUCCUAAGGAUCUGAUAUCUCUCUCUCUCUCUCAUACAAUUUGCCUUAAAUUCUUUCCAUCCAGCUGUACAGGUAGCCUAUAGGUCAAGGCUGAACCAGAGAAAGAGAUGGUGAACUCAGCUAGGGCCUUGUAAAUCAGCAGAAUAGGGCUUUACAUAGGAUCUAGCUAAUGAAAUAUGUUUUGCCUAGUUUAGGUGUUUUUUGCUUUUUACUGAUCUCCGUGGAGCUUUUAGAAUAGAUAAUGUGUCGAGUGUUAACAAAAGCUGAUUUCGUUUAAAUAAGAUGUAAUGUUUUUGUAAUCGGAGGCAUGAUGCCUCUGGUUGUUUGAAUGUGGUAGAAAUUCUGCUAAAUGCUCACAUGUUUUAAUUGCCUUUUAGAGGAAAAAAAACCUCAUUGGUGUGGUUUAAUUGAACAUGAACACAUGGGUGGGGGAAAGCGGCUCGAUAAAAGUCUGAUUUAUUAUUACUUUGGCUUAUAGGGGAGGGAGCUCAUGGUCUGUAAUUAUUUUAGGGUUUUUUUCUUUCAGUUUUGAUUCAGAUUGUGCUUUUUGGUUGUGUACAGAUUACCUAAGCCUUCAACGGCAACUUUCAUCAAGGGGUCAUGGAGGUUUCAAGAACUUUUUUUGUGUGUGUGGAUUUUAUUUUGUCUAGCUCUUUUCUAGGAAGCAAACAGAACUUGGCACUUUCAAUCAAAGUUUACUUCACCAAAGACAGCGAGCUAGUGAGCAGAAAUAAAUAAUGGAAAUGACACCA